GAGUGGGAUGGGUGAGUGAGGUCGUGUGUGUUUGUGUGUGUUGCGAUGGGUGGUUGGGUGGUGAUGGUGGCUGGUGGAUUGAAAAGCUUAUAGCCGUAUCACGACCCAGCACUUUACACGAGGAGUCGAGAGGAGUGAACAAACAUUCCAUCCUUCCAACCACCAUCAUCACCACCACCAUCAUCGUCGCCGGCUGCUGACCUCGUGCUGAGGAGCACCUCCGAUUAUAAUUUGCGCAAAAGCACCGCAGGAAGAGGGCGAUUUGAGAGUGCAAAGUGGUGCAGAGUUGAGAGUGCAGGGUGGUGCAGUGCAGGAAGCUGCUGCUGCUGCUGCUACCACACACGCACAAGAGCGCAGGAUGUAACGAGGGAGUUAGGAGCGGGAGGAGCGGUUAAGCCGUGCAAUUUGUAUUUAUUUGAAGACGUCAAAGUUUCAACGUUGUCUAACGAGUUUCGGACGCUGUUUAUUUCGUCUGCAUCGCAAGACACCGGAAAGAUAAUGGUCGUGGCCGCGGUGGUGACCGUCGCUUGCGUGAUGUGCUGCUAUUCCUUGGAGGCGUCUGCCUCUCUGCUGCAAGACACCUUGCAUCGGUGGUCGAGCUAUGCGACGGAAUGUAAGCAGUUGCAUGACAGCGAACCGUUCCUCUCAGGCGUUUAUUGCAACAGGACAUUUGACCAUUAUGCUUGCUGGCCAGACAGCUUGCCAGAUACAAAAGUGGCGAUACCGUGCCCAUCCUACCUGCCUUGGAUAGACAAAGUGGAAGGAGGAUACGUUUACAGAUAUUGCACACGCGACGGUACCUGGUUAACUCAAGACAACGUAACCGCGGCAUGGAGAGACCACAGCGAAUGUUUGGACGAUGAGAACAAUAUCUCCACUGAGGGAAAAGAGAUGUAUCUUCUCCAUGCCUUACGUCUAGUUUAUACCACCGGAUACUCUGUCUCCCUCGCCUCCCUCGUGGUGGCUAUGGGAAUUUUGAUCAUGUUCAGGCGGCUACACUGCACAAGAAACUACAUCCAUAUGAACUUGUUCGCUUCAUUCAUCCUCAGAGCCAUUUCCGUUCUGCUCAAGGACGCUGCGCUCACACACAAUUACACCAAACGGCCCCAGAACGCCUCCGAUUGGCUGGGCUAUUUUGGAUACGAAGGGUACACAGGAUGCAGAGCCACUCAUGUUUUCAUGCAAUAUUGCAUUGGCGCCAACUACUUUUGGCUUUUGGUGGAAGGCAGCUACUUACACACUCUGCUGACCAUGUGCGUGUUCACCAAAAAGAAACUGAUUGCAUUUUACGUUCUGCUGGGAUGGGGUACACCUAUUAUGUUUAUCAUACCUUGGAUGGUUUCAAAACUGAUUUAUGAAAACCAAGGGUGUUGGGGAAUUAACACGUGGAUGGGCAUUUGGUGGCUAAUACGAGGACCGAUCCUGUUCUCCAUUGUGGUGAAUUGUAUCCUCUUUGUAAAGAUCAUCAAAAUCUUACUCUCCAAGUUGAAGGCACAGCAAUCAAAGUUUUCAAAUUACAAGAGCAGACUUGCCCGGUCGACGCUCACCCUGAUUCCGCUUCUGGGCAUCCACGAGGUCGUGUUCAUCUUCCUCACGGACGAGCAUGCCACGGGGAGAACGCGCUACGUCCGCCUGUUCAUUCAGCUCUCCUUCAGCUCCAUUCAGGGUUUUUUUGUAGCGCUCCUGUAUUGCUUCUCUAAUGGUGAGGUCCAAAGCGAGUUCAAGAAAAAGUGGCAUCUCUGGCACGUGAAGUCAAGGAAGGUAAAUGAGCUGAAGUGCUCCCAAAGCUCCUUCACCUCCAUGAAGAACUUCUCAAUGGAAGGUGGCCAAUUGUUGUUUGAUAGGAGCGGGCUGUACGUUGGUAAGAAGCGCCCGUCCAGGGCAGAGCUCUUGCACAGCAAGGAAGCAAAGCGUCGUGAAGGCAUGGGCAGCACCACCACCAACAGUAACCUGAGUGACAGCCAAGCAGUCAUUGAAGACACAGUGUGAGAUGUAGAUCAUACCACAGUGAGGGCAUAGUAUGAACUUCAGCGCAUAUGACAAGGCUUCCGUUAAGCUACAUCGUGCUGGAUGAUAUGGGGGUGGGUGGGGGGGGGGGGUUCCAAUUUGUUGGAAUAUACAAAAACAUAUCCCGGAAAUGUGGCAUUGGAUGUUUAAGAGUGUGUAAAUAUAUAUAUGAAAAUUUAUGGGGUUUUUUUUAUUUUGCUCAGAUGACCAAUUAUAACAUUUCGUGUGAUUUAUUGCUUAUUUAAAGUCUUAAUUUCUACCUUUGCACUUAAGCGGUAAAUGUUUGAAUUCAAAUGUAAGUUGCUUUUAAUUACUUAAUCACAUUAAUGAUGUUGUUCAAUUGCAGUUAUUAAAACAAACUGUGUGUAUCUAAAUACGUGUGAUCAUCAUACUCGCUACUGAGCUGGGUUCAUUUGCAUUGACGUUGGGUUCCCUGCAGCUGCCCGUUAUAUUUUGUCAUCAAAUACCAAAGUGUCCCAUUUGCCGUGAAAUAUAAGCGAGAGUGCUCGCCGACACGACUAAGGAUUGGGCCAAAGGUGCGUCACCGUCGGAGUCAAACCGCAUGAGACGGACGUCCACAUUCCCAUUGCGCCCAUUGCUCGUUGUCCGUCGCGUCCGUGAGGUGGGCAGAGGAGAAACAAAGACCGUGGUAACGUUACCCUCC